AGCUGGUGGUGGUACAAGCUUACCCCGCCGCCACUGGUCUCAAGCUCAUGAGAAUCCACCUCCUCGAGAUGACUGAUUCAUGAAUGCAUCUACGGAUAUGUCCAUUAUUUACACACAAAAUACCCCCGUCAGACGCCGUGUCUCUGUUAUACUUGUAAUCACCUCCUUGUCGAACACUAUCCCACAGUCAACUCAUUGAAUCGUCAGCAUUGGACAUCAUUGAUCAUCACCCCGAGAUGGAUAAUAAGGACAACGCCAACCCUACCAUUCUGAACGUCUCGGAACUUCCCACGAGGCAAAACAAAAAGAAGGCUCCCGCCGCUACCCCCGGCAAGGAUGCCGAGUCCGACUUAGACAUUGUCUUGAGACGGCCCGAAUACCUCUCUGCGCCCUUUUGCGAGGUGCCUUGGGCUUCCGAUGACACCGACAGCGACGACGGCUUUACCAUUGAGCCCAUCGAUGAGCAGGAGAUCUACGACCUCAUUUCGACCAUUUCUGAUCCGGAGCACCCACUGUCGCUCGGUCAGCUUGCGGUAGUGAACCUGCCUGAUAUCCACAUUACCCCUUCUCCUUCUGCGCCUGCAGAUCCCAACACCCUGACCCAAGUUCUUGUCAAGAUCACGCCGACUAUUACCCACUGUUCCCUCGCCACUGUCAUUGGGCUUGGUAUCAGAGUUCGUCUCGAACAGGCGCUGCCUCCCAACUACCGUGUCGAUGUUAUGAUUAAGGAGGGCACCCACAGCCAAGAUGACCAGGUAAACAAGCAAUUGGCUGACAAGGAGAGAGUUGCCGCUGCUCUGGAAAAUGCCACUCUCAAAGGAGUACUUGACAAAAUGCUAGAAACCUGCGUCUAAGAUGUUCCGCCCCAAGUCAACCAUCGUAGCCCCGUUGUGCUUUUAUGCACUGUUACGAAGCACUCUAUGCCAGAGCGCUAUCUACAGCAGGCAUUAUAUGCCCUAUUCAGCGACUGCCAGACCGCCCGAGAUUACCGAACUUCGAGGUUGC